UGGAAUGGAUUAGUUGAAAACUCAACCUCAGCAUAGAAACAGACCCCCUUUGGUAUCGAAACCGGCAAGAAAGUGCCCCUCCAGCACUGCUAGAGAUUCAAAGAAAAGUGUUUAUUAAAAAAGGAUACAACUAAAAGAUAGCGCCGUUUUGUCGCGUGGCAUUUGAAGAUAUUUUCCACCGUGUGUUGAAUUAGUUCUCCAUCAUCCUGGCGCAAUACGAGAACCUUGGACCAAUCAUGCUGGACAUGCUUGCGUGCUGCCGAGUGUUGCCGAUCGUUCCUAGGUGAAAAGUGUGAACCAAGUGUUACUUCCGCCACGAGGACUCAAAGACUGGGUGUAGUGCUUCCGAGUGCCAAAGACAAUUAACCAUUAUAGGCUUGGGGAAAAAAGACCUUCAAAGUUAAGUGCGCGAACAACAGCUUGGCCAAUUAGCUGAAAAAAAAACAAAAACUUUAGAAAACAAACUUUCAUAGUUAAACAACCUCAGUUUUCAAAAUUUAGUUUUUUUCACCGGUGGAUUCGUCGAAGAACAAACAGCUAGCGUUGGUGACUAUGAAAGAUUUGCAAGAACUAGCGGCUUACCAAUUCAAACACCGAAGCGUGACCGGAAAUAAACGAACCACAUGGAACGUGCCGAUAUCUGAGUUCGCCAAGCUCACCCACAACCCGAUCCGUGCCAUCGUUGAAGGAUUGAACAUCGCGCCUAAUCCGGCCAAGCCUUUCAUUGCCCUUUCGAUUGGUGAUCCAACAACCUUCGGAAAUCUACAACCCCCGGAGGAAAUCAAGAACGCCGUCCGGGAAGCGGUCGAUAAGAAUAGCAACGGGUACGGUCCUGCCGCUGGUUUCCUGGAUGCUCGCCAAGCCGUCGCCGAAUAUGUUGCGCAUCAAGGCGAUGUCAGCGCCAACGAUGUCAUCCUGUGCAGUGGGUGCAGCAGUGCCCUGGAUCUGUGCCUAUCUGCUCUGGCCGGUCGUGGACAGAACAUCCUGAUUCCGAGACCCGGUUUCUCCAUUUACCGUACGCUAACGCAAGGCUUCGGGGUCGAAUGUCGGUACUACAACUUGCUUCCGGAUAAAAACUGGGAGGUCGAUUUGGACCAACUGGAAUCGUUGAUCGAUUCCAAUACGGCUGCUCUGGUGCUGACCAAUCCGAGCAAUCCCUGUGGCAGUGUGUUCAGCAAAAGCCACCUGAAGGCAAUCAUCGAGAUUGCCGAAAGGCACUAUUUACCCAUCGUUGCUGAUGAAAUCUACGAACAUUUCGUUUUCCCCGGCCAACCGUACUAUUCCGUUAGUUCUCUUUCAACGUCGGUACCGGUGCUAUCAUGCGGUGGACUAACUAAGCGAUUCCUGGUUCCUGGUUGGCGCCUUGGCUGGAUUAUAAUUCAUGAUCGUCAAAACAUCCUCAAGGAUGUUCGCAAGGGUCUAGCAAAUCUGUCGGCCAGGAUCAUGGGCUCCAAUACGCUUGUCCAGAGCGCUCUACCAGAAAUUUUGAGCAAAACUCCACAAUCCUUUUAUGAAGGGUUAGUCGAAACUCUUCAGCGCCAUGCCGAAGUCGCAUACAAAUCGAUCAAACAGAUCCGAGGUCUCCGUCCGGUGAUGCCCAGUGGAGCGAUGUACAUGAUGAUCGGUAUCGACAUCAUGCGCUUCCCGGGAUUCGCCAGCGAUCUGGACUUUGUCGAAGCUCUCGUUCGGGAGCAGAGCGUUUUCUGCCUGCCUGGACAGUGUUUCGAGUAUUCCAACUACUUCCGCAUUGUGCUGACCGUGCCGGAGGAUAUGAUAGCCGAGGCAUGCAAACGUCUGGAGGAGUUUGUCGAGAAACACUACCAGAUGGACGAAAACAUUAUCGCGAAACCAAACAACGCAACAGCACGACGUUUGUGUUGAUUGAAGUUUUGUUUUUCGAGACUUUUUUUCCUUUAUGAAUUUUUAGAAGGCAGCACCUUGCUGAUAGAGUUUAGUGUUCAUCGGUGUUUGGGAUAAACUUAGUGAUUUUUCAACAUAUUUGCCAUAUUUUAGCUCAGGCAGUUUUUUUUUAUAUACAUCUUUUUAUACUCAAAUGUUCUUUAUUUUAUGUAUUUUUGCUUAGCGAAAUAAACCAUUCAUAUUUGUUUUUGAUAAAA